AUGGAUGAAGCGGUGACGAGGACUCCAAAGUCACAAGAUGUCCGCCUCCCGUUGUCCGGCGACGAGAUCCCCGAAAACGGACCCACCAGAAAAUUGCUGGGCAAUAAAGAGCCAAAAAGCCGCCUCUUCCGCCUGAAGAUCCUGGCGUUCGUUUGUGUAUCCCAGGGCGGCCUGCUGCUAAUCGCGGCCCUAAUUGUACUGUAUUUUUACUCGGCCAUCACCCGAUACCACAUUCCCAAGAAUGAACACGGA